AUGGCACUCUGGCGACAGUCCUCCUUUAAAUGCCGGGACAACUGGCAGCCGCUGGUGGAUGCCCUGCCCUCCUGUGGCACCGAGCCUUGUGUGGGCCUCAUGAAGGACCUCAUCGUGUCUGGGGAGGUGGAGGUGGACGAGAUGGAGGCGUGGCUCUGGUCGCUGGCCCUUGUCCCACAGCCCACGGAUGCCAUGGUCCACACGCUGCUGCCACUCCUGCAGACCUCGGGGGCCAGCCCCAGUGCCUUCCUUGGUAUCUCGGCCCUGGUGCACAACCUCUGUGCCUCCCUGGAUGGGCCCUGUGGACACCUGCCUGGCGUCAGCUCCCUCGUGAGGAUCCUGGGAGAGGCCUUGGGUGCCAACUGCACCUUCCAGGAGCCGUCGGACGCUGAGCAGCUCCAGCUCGUGCUGAAGGCGAUUGGCAACGCAGGCCUGGCGGUCACAGCUCUUACCCCCACACUGAGCACCUGUGCGUCCCAGAGGAGCUGCCCCCCUGAGGUCCGGCUGGGGGCCAUCCAGGCCUUCCGGAGGGUCCCCUGCUCUGCAGACCGAUCCGCGCUCUCCCGUCUGUACCAAAACCCUGAGGAGGAUGCUGAGAUCCGCAUCAACGCCUACCUGGCCCUGAUGAGAUGCCCUGGCGAGGAGGUGUUUGCGCAGGUGCGGUGGACCCAGGCAGCUGAGCGGUCCACCCAGGUGGGCUCCUUUGUGUGGAGUCACCUGAUGCAGCUGCUGGAGACCAGUGACCCCCUGAAGCGAGCUCUCCAGGAGGCCCUCCCUGAGGACAUCCUGAGUCGGAAGUUCCAGCCGGAGGCCUGGAAACACUCGUCCUAUUCUGAUGUCACGUUCCGCUCAGUGUCUGGCAGCCUGGGAGCCAACCUGGAGGGGACCCUUCUCUUUUCUCCAGCCUCCUUUCUCCCCCGUUCUGCCACGACUAACCUGACCAUCCACGCCCUAGGUCAUGCCUUCAACCUCCUGGAGCUUGGCCUCCGGCUGGAAAAUGCAGAGAAAAUCGUCCACAGGCUCUUUGGCGGGAAGUCAUUCUGGGGGCAGGAAGAGGAGAGAGAGGCCCAGCCAGAGAAAUCCCCAGAGCCAGAACCACCCACACCACAGGCAGCCAAUCCUGACUGUCCAGCAGAAAGGUCCGGAAAGAUGAGAGACCUGCAGCAGAAGGUGGCCCGGAGGCGCGCAGAGCGGCGGGCCCUGCGGUGUGAGCUGAGCGCGAAGGUGUUUGGGCACGAGCUGAGCUUCGUGAACUGUGGGGUCGUGGGGAGCCACGUGACACGCCAGUCCUUGAACCUGGCCGAGCUGUCAGUCAAGCUCCUGAAGGGGCAGGAGGUACAGGUGACCCGGAGGCUGAACCUGGCGGUGCAAGAGCUCACCUUUCCCACCAUAUCCGGCCUUCCAGCCCGGCUGACCCUCAAUGUCUCGGCCGCCAUCAGCGUCCGAGUCCGAGGGACUGCCGACUUCCAGCAGCAUCUGGAUUUCUCUGUGCAUGGCUACAUCAAGCCCAGAGACUGUGAGGAAAUGCUGGGCAGCUGUGCCCACUUGACAGUUCAGGCCAAUGAUGACGAGGUCCGAAUGGACCAGAUGGCGUGGCUGGUGCACUGGAGGGCGUGGUCCGCGGUGACUCAGGACUGGCCCAGGCCUGCGGAGAACAGCCGGGAGCGGCCGGGGCAUGCCCUGCUCCAGAUCUCGGCACAGAUGGGCACGAUGGGCGCCCUGGGGCAGGCCGGGCUGAGGUGGGUGACCGGCGUCCGUGGCACCGCCAGCCUGGAUGGUGGGAUCCACGCGAGGAAGGGCCGGGACCUCAAGGUGCAUCUCAACACUCCCGAGGAGGCCGUGGAGCUGCUCAGCUUCAGCUCUAAGCUGUAUCUCGUCACUGGGGAUGAUGUGAGGAGCUUCAGGAAUGUCCACCACCCUUCUGAGGCCCAAUCCUGUACUGACAAGAAAGUGUCCCACACCUGGGGCUGGCGGCUAUGUACAGAAGUCACCUGGCCGGCAGCUGGUCAGCCCUACCUGCUCUCAGUGCCUGUGUUCCUGGCUGUGACAUUGACGAAGCAGGACCGGGGCCUCCGACAGUAUCUGCUGGAAGCUGCCUAUACCUUCCAUUCCUGGAAGGACAGCUGGCUCCCUCAGGAAGCUUCGGUUCACCUCUUCAUGGGCACCCCCAAGUCAGAGGUGCCCAGGGAUGUCGGGGUGGAUGUCAGGUACAGCUUGCCCCAGGGGAAGUUCCGGCUCAAGCUUCUGCAUCCCAGGAAGAAAAUGCAGCUGGAUGGAAAGAUGGAGACUCUACAGAGUGCCCGGGUGGGUCACCUGGAGCUGAUACUGGAUGACAGGGACGUCUACUACAUUAAGGGCCGGAGCGACCUGUGGCCUGCAGCUGGGGGCGAGGCCCAGCGGUGUGAGGUCCAGCUGGAGGUGAAACUCGUGACAGCAGGGAAUCCUGUGGUCCUCAUGGGGAACCUCAGCCAGCAGACCGGCAGCAAGUUGGCCUUUUCCGUGUCACUGAGCAACCUGCUGAGCGACCAGGCCCACCUGUCAGUGCGGCUGGAGAAGGCAGUGGAGGACGGGCUGCAGGUGGUGGCCCUGGGUGGCGAGCUCUCUGUGCCCGGUUUCGUGGGACUGCACCUCGUGGGCAGGCUACAGAGGCACAGCCGCCUCUGGACCAGCUCCCUGAGGAUCAAGUACGGCCUUCUGGGUCAGGCGAGGCGGCUGGCCCAGGAGUGCAGCACCAUCCAGAGGCUGCGGGCACAUAGUGGCUCAGAGGUGACCUAUGAGCUGGAGCUGGACCACGAGCUCCACUGCACACAGACCCCAGCACUCAGCCACAAGGUUCAGCUGCGGCACGAGGAGGGCUUGGGCUCCCUGCACUCACAACUGGAGGCGAGCUACGGGAUGCGCUGGAAUGAGAGCAGCAAUAAGAGGAAGCUCCGCAUCAGCCACACCUUCCAGAACGACUCGGGUCCAGCCCUGAGCAAUUACUUCAUGGAGUUUGUGCUGCAGGUGCCUGAGAGGCAGGUGGAUUACCGUAUGCAGCUGUAUCACUCAAGCCUUCGCCAGCCACACGUGGAGAGCAGCACACACCUGAAGGUGCAGUACAAUGGGCGGCUGCCCUUUGUGGCAGGCUUGCAGUGGAAGGACACGUCUCGAGCUACCCUGUGGAAGUGGGAAGGAGCCUUGAACAUGGAUAGUCCUUGGCUGACGGUCUCCGCGGCUCACAGGCUGGACUGGCCACGCCGACCCAUGUUCCAGGCUGUCCUGGAGAUGACACUGGGCAAGGCCUGGACCCUCAAGAACCUGGUGAUGAACGUGGCCUACAGGAACCAGGGCCUCGACACGGAGGGCAAGAUCCACGUCUACACCCCGGCUACCACGUACCUCCGGGUAUCCACGGUGACAACGUUGGCCCAGAGCCUCUUCCGCAGCCGGAGUGAAGUAGAAUCAGCCUGGAGCGCCGCAGUGUGGAGCGAGAUCCACGCAGAGAACAGCCAGGACCUUAAGACGCUUCACUGCUGGUUGAAGGGCCCCCUGCAGGAGUUGAACCUAACGGCCGCCUACAGGCAUAUGGAGCAGCCCCAGAAGACUCACAUGUCGCUGACGGCUCUGGUGACCAGCACCAGGGGCCAGCCUCGGGGCCUGGAGUUGGAGGGCAAGCUGGAGGAGGUGACACGGGACAGGAGCUUGUACCAGAAGCGGGGGACCUUCCUCCUCAGGCACGCCUUGCCUCUGCCCAUCCCGCAGAGCCUCCUCCUGCAGGAGACCUUCACAGCGGAUAGGCAACACCAGCGAUGCUCCCUGGAAACUAGGCUCGUCCUGAACGGCCAAGAGGAGACCCUGCAGACCGUAGUCCUGGGCUACCAGGCUGGACACCCCUACGUCUGCGCAGGCCUGACCCACCCAUAUGACGGCAAGGCCGUCCCCAGGAACGUGGAGGGGUGCGCCGUUGCUUGGAGCCAGCACGCCGCUCAGAACAGGGAGGUUGAGGCCACUUUGAAAGUCAACCAGAAAGUCAUGCUGCACCUAAAGGGUCUGCACCGUGACCAAUCUCAGCAUGGGGACAUCUGGCACAGCCUGGCCCUGGACGCUGCUCACGCCUCCCAGCUGAGGCUCCCCCAGGCCCUGCGUUUGGAUGGGGAUGUCAUCUUCAGAUGGGGUCCCCGGGGAGCAUUUGACUGCAGCCUGGACGCAAGGGCCACCAUCAACCACAACAUCACAUCCCAGGUCUCAGUCCAGCUGAACAGAUCUGACUCCCACUUGGCGUUCCUCCUCCAGCUCAGACAUCCCCACAGACCAAGAUUUCCUCCAGACUUACAGGUGCAGGUGGCUGCCCAACGAUACAAAGACAGCCUCAGCGGCUCCCUGUCUGUGCACACGUCCAACCGGGAGCUGGUUCUGCUGGAGGCUGACACCAGCCAGGACACCCAGAGACGCAGCCGGGGCUGGGACAUGAGCGUCCUCCUCCACCAGGCAGUCCUCAGCGCCCCCCAGGCCAUUCAGCUGCAGCUGUCCAGCAAGGUGGCCCCAACCAGGGUUUGGCUGUUUUAUAAGGUGCUGGUGGACCAGAACACAGCACAGCUUCUCCUCAAGGCUUCCAUGGAGAAGAGGGGAGGCCAGGUCUUGACCCUGCAGAGCCAAGUCCAGCACACGGUGGCUUGUUGGACAGCUCUGCCCCGCCUCCUGACCCUCAAGGGCAUGCUGAAGCAGAAGGAGAUGCUCAAAGAGGGAACCGUCAGGAUCACUGCUGACUCAGCUGUGCUGGGCUUCCUCCUGCGGGACAAGCAUGAGAGGGCAGGGAACAGCACCAGCGUGCACAGUGUGACGGGCAUCCUCCCCCAGAAGAGCAGCCAGGCCUUGCCAAGAGAGCUUUUGCUGAGAGGGCGACUGCAGGCCCGGCCGGGGAGCCUCGGGGGCCAGGCCCGCCUCCGAGCCCACUUGGCAAGCCUGGCUCUGGGCGGGGUCUGCACCUGGGGCCCUGGGCGUGCCCAGCUCUCAGGCAGCCUGAGCCACAACAUCAGCACCUUGAGCGAGGCAGGUAUAUUGGGGGAAGUGGGACCUGAGAGGCUGGAGUUUGCCUCGAGGCCUGCAGACCCUGCAGAGAGAAGGACUCCCCUCGGAGGCAGAGAUGCUCUUGUCACACACCCACGGGGCUUCCAACCUCUCGGCGAGCCUGGCACUGCGGAGUGA